AUGAUCAAAGAAUAUAGUGAUAGGAUCGCAGAUGAAGAGUGUCGCCAAGCAAUUUUCACAAUGUGGGCCUCCAUCAACCAGUCCCUGAGUGAUGGUGGCGAGUUACUGCUGAGAGCUCGUGAGAUUCUGUUGGGAUCUAAUCUCGAGACUCUUGGGGAACUGGAAUCGAAACUUUUUGCUGUUGGCGGAGAACUUGAAAUCCUUUUCAACAACACCUGGACAUUGGCCAAACAUAUUGAAAUGUUAGCAGUGAGUGGGAGUGACACAGCUCCUUGUCCUGUCCAAGACAUGGAAAAGCUGCUACUUAACCUGCAAAUUAAGAAUGAAGAAUUACGUGCUAUUGUCAUUGAGCUUGAGGUGCAGCUUUCAGCAGGUUCAUCAGAUGAAUCGGGUGUACUUGUCGUCUUCAUAAUGCGAAUUUAUAUGGUGUGCAGGGCAGCGCAAGACGAGUCUAUCGUAAUCUAUGAAAGCAUCUUAAUAAUAUUCAGCGGUACAACUUCAGAUACAAUUGCAGAUGAAGAGUGUCGCCAAGCAAUCUUCACAGUGUGGGCCUCCAUCAACCAGUCCCUGAGUGAUGGUGGCGAGUUACUGCUGAGAGCUCGUGAGAUUCUGUUGGGAUCUAAUCUUGAGACUCUUGGGGAACUGGAAACGAAACUUUUUGCUGUUGGCGGAGAACUUGAAAUCCUUUUCAACAACACCUGGACAUUGGCCAAACAUAUUGAAAUGUUAGCAGUGAGUGGGAGUGACACAGCUCCUUGUCCUGUCCAAGACAUGGAAAAGCUGCUACUUAACCUGCAAACUAAGAAUGAAGAAUUACGUGCUAUUGUCAUUGAGCUUGAGGUGCAGCUUUCAGCAGGUUCAUCAGAUGAAUCGGGUGUACUUGUCGUCUUUAUAAUGCGAAUUUAUAUGGUGUGCAGGACAGCGCAAGACGAGUCUAUCGUAAUCUAUGAAAGCAUCUUAAUAAUAUUCAGCGGUACAACUUCAGAGCCAUACACCUUACCUGGAGAUACAAUUGCAGAUGAAGGGUGUCGCCAAGCAAUCUUCACAGUGUGGGCUUCCAUCAACCAGUCCCUGAGUGAUGGUGGCGAGUUACUGCUGAGAGCUCGUGAGAUUCUGUUGGGAUCUAAUCUUGAGACUCUUGGGGAACUGGAAACGAAACUUUUUGCUGUUGGCGGAGAACUUGAAAUCCUUUUCAACAACACCUGGACAUUGGCCAAACAUAUUGAUAUGUUAGCAGUGAGUGGGAGUGACACAGCUCCUUGUCCUGUCCAAGACAUGGAAAAGCUGCUACUUAACCUGCAAAUUAAGAAUGAAGAAUUACGUGCUAUUGUCAUUGAGCUUGAGGUGCAGCUUUCAGCAGGUUCAUCAGAUGAAUCGGGUGUACUUGUCGUCUUCAUAAUGCGAAUUUAUAUGGUGUGCAGGGCAGCGCAAGACGAGUCUAUCGUAAUCUAUGAAAGCAUCUUAAUAAUAUUCAGCGGUACAACUUCAGAUACAAUUGCAGAUGAAGAGUGUCGCCAAGCAAUCUUCACAGUGUGGGCCUCCAUCAACCAGUCCCUGAGUGAUGGUGGCGAGUUACUGCUGAGAGCUCGUGAGAUUCUGUUGGGAUCUAAUCUUGAGACUCUUGGGGAACUGGAAACGAAACUUUUUGCUGUUGGCGGAGAACUUGAAAUCCUUUUCAACAACACCUGGACAUUGGCCAAACAUAUUGAAAUGUUAGCAGUGAGUGGGAGUGACACAGCUCCUUGUCCUGUCCAAGACAUGGAAAAGCUGCUACUUAACCUGCAAACUAAGAAUGAAGAAUUACGUGCUAUUGUCAUUGAGCUUGAGGUGCAGCUUUCAGCAGGUUCAUCAGAUGAAUCGGGUGUACUUGUCGUCUUUAUAAUGCGAAUUUAUAUGGUGUGCAGGACAGCGCAAGACGAGUCUAUCGUAAUCUAUGAAAGCAUCUUAAUAAUAUUCAGCGGUACAACUUCAGAGCCAUACACCUUACCUGGAGAUACAAUUGCAGAUGAAGGGUGUCGCCAAGCAAUCUUCACAGUGUGGGCUUCCAUCAACCAGUCCCUGAGUGAUGGUGGCGAGUUACUGCUGAGAGCUCGUGAGAUUCUGUUGGGAUCUAAUCUUGAGACUCUUGGGGAACUGGAAACGAAACUUUUUGCUGUUGGCGGAGAACUUGAAAUCCUUUUCAACAACACCUGGACAUUGGCCAAACAUAUUGAUAUGUUAGCAGUGAGUGGGAGUGACACAGCUCCUUGUCCUGUCCAAGACAUGGAAAAGCUGCUACUUAACCUGCAAACUAAGAAUGAAGAAUUACGUGCUAUUGUCAUUGAGCUUGAGGUGCAGCUUUCAGCAGGUUCAUCAGAUGAAUCGGGUGUACUUGUCGUCUUCAUAAUGCGAAUUUAUAUGGUGUGCAGGGCAGCGCAAGACGAGUCUAUCGUAAUCUAUGAAAGCAUCUUAAUAAUAUUCAGCGGUACAACUUCAGAUACAAUUGCAGAUGAAGAGUGUCGCCAAGCAAUCUUCACAGUGUGGGCCUCCAUCAACCAGUCCCUGAGUGAUGGUGGCGAGUUACUGCUGAGAGCUCGUGAGAUUCUGUUGGGAUCUAAUCUUGAGACUCUUGGGGAACUGGAAACGAAACUUUUUGCUGUUGGCGGAGAACUUGAAAUCCUUUUCAACAACACCUGGACAUUGGCCAAACAUAUUGAAAUGUUAGCAGUGAGUGGGAGUGACACAGCUCCUUGUCCUGUCCAAGACAUGGAAAAGCUGCUACUUAACCUGCAAACUAAGAAUGAAGAAUUACGUGCUAUUGUCAUUGAGCUUGAGGUGCAGCUUUCAGCAGGUUCAUCAGAUGAAUCGGGUGUACUUGUCGUCUUUAUAAUGCGAAUUUAUAUGGUGUGCAGGACAGCGCAAGACGAGUCUAUCGUAAUCUAUGAAAGCAUCUUAAUAAUAUUCAGCGGUACAACUUCAGAGCCAUACACCUUACCUGGAGAUACAAUUGCAGAUGAAGGGUGUCGCCAAGCAAUCUUCACAGUGUGGGCUUCCAUCAACCAGUCCCUGAGUGAUGGUGGCGAGUUACUGCUGAGAGCUCGUGAGAUUCUGUUGGGAUCUAAUCUUGAGACUCUUGGGGAACUGGAAACGAAACUUUUUGCUGUUGGCGGAGAACUUGAAAUCCUUUUCAACAACACCUGGACAUUGGCCAAACAUAUUGAAAUGUUAGCAGUGAGUGGGAGUGACACAGCUCCUUGUCCUGUCCAAGACAUGGAAAAGCUGCUACUUAACCUGCAAACUAAGAAUGAAGAAUUACGUGCUAUUGUCAUUGAGCUUGAGGCGCAGCUUUCAGCAGGUUCAUCAGAUGAAUCGGGUGUACUUGUCGUCUUCAUAAUGCGAAUUUAUAUGGUGUGCAGGGCAGCGCAAGACGAGUCUAUCGUAAUCUAUGAAAGCAUCUUAAUAAUAUUCAGCGGUACAACUUCAGAGCCAUACACCUUACCUGGAGAUACAAUUGCAGAUGAAGAGUGUCGCCAAGCAAUCUUCACAGUGUGGGCCUCCAUCAACCAGUCCCUGAGUGAUGGUGGCGAGUUACUGCUGAGAGCUCGUGAGAUUCUGUUGGGAUCUAAUCUUGAGACUCUUGGGGAACUGGAAACGAAACUUUUUGCUGUUGGCGGAGAACUUGAAAUCCUUUUCAACAACACCUGGACAUUGGCCAAACAUAUUGAAAUGUUAGCAGUGAGUGGGAGUGACACAGCUCCUUGUCCUGUCCAAGACAUGGAAAAGCUGCUACUUAACCUGCAAACUAAGAAUGAAGAAUUACGUGCUAUUGUCAUUGAGCUUGAGGUGCAGCUUUCAGCAGGUUCAUCAGAUGAAUCGGGUGUACUUGUCGUCUUCAUAAUGCGAAUUUAUAUGGUGUGCAGGGCAGCGCAAGACGAGUCUAUCGUAAUCUAUGAAAGCAUCUUAAUAAUAUUCAGCGGUACAACUUCAGAGCCAUACACCUUACCUGGAGAUACAAUUGCAGAUGAAGGGUGUCGCCAAGCAAUCUUCACAGUGUGGGCUUCCAUCAACCAGUCCCUGAGUGAUGGUGGCGAGUUACUGCUGAGAGCUCGUGAGAUUCUGUUGGGAUCUAAUCUUGAGACUCUUGGGGAACUGGAAACGAAACUUUUUGCUGUUGGCGGAGAACUUGAAAUCCUUUUCAACAACACCUGGACAUUGGCUAAACAUAUUGAAAUGUUAGUAGUGAGUGGGAGUGACACAGCUCCUUGUCCUGUCCAAGACAUGGAAAAGCUGCUACUUAACUUGCAAACUAAGAAUGAAGAAUUACGUGCUAUUGUCGUUGAGCUUGAGGCGCAGCUUUCAGCAGGUUCAUCAGAUGAAUCGGGUGUACUUGUCGUCUUCAUAAUGCGAAUUUAUAUGGUGUGCAGGGCAGCGCAAGACGAGUCUAUCGUAAUCUAUGAAAGCAUCUUAAUAAUAUUCAGCGGUACAACUUCAGAUACAAUUGCAGAUGAAGAGUGUCGCCAAGCAAUCUUCACAAUGUGGGCCUCCAUCAACCAGUCCCUGAGUGAUGGUGGCGAGUUACUGCUGAGAGCUCGUGAGAUUCUGUUGGGAUCUAAUCUUGAGACUCUUGGGGAACUGGAAACGAAACUUUUUGCUGUUGGCGGAGAGCUUGAAAUCCUUUUCAACAACACCUGGACAUUGGCCAUACAUAUUGAAAUGUUAGCAGUGAGUGGGAGUGACACAGCUCCUUGUCCUGUCCAAGACAUGGAAAAGCUGCUACUUAACCUGCAAACUAAGAAUGAAGAAUUACGUGCUAUUGUCAUUGAGCUUGAGGCGCAGCUUUCAGCAGGUUCAUCAGAUGAAUCGGGUGUACUUGUCGUCUUCAUAAUGCGAAUUUAUAUGGUGUGCAGGGCAGCGCAAGACGAGUCUAUCGUAAUCUAUGAAAGCAUCUUAAUAAUAUUUAGCGGUACAACUUCAGAGCCAUACACCUUACCUGGAGAUACAAUUGCAGAUGAAGAGUGUCGCCAAGCAAUUUUCACAAUGUGGGCCUCCAUCAACCAGUCCCUGAGUGAUGGUGGCGAGUUACUGCUGAGAGCUCGUGAGAUUCUGUUGGGAUCUAAUCUCGAGACUCUUGGGGAACUGGAAUCGAAACUUUUUGCUGUUGGCGGAGAACUUGAAAUCCUUUUCAACAACACCUGGACAUUGGCCAAACAUAUUGAAAUGUUAGCAGUGAGUGGGAGUGACACAGCUCCUUGUCCUGUCCAAGACAUGGAAAAGCUGCUACUUAACCUGCAAAUUAAGAAUGAAGAAUUACGUGCUAUUGUCAUUGAGCUUGAGGUGCAGCUUUCAGCAGGUUCAUCAGAUGAAUCAGGUGUACUUGUCGUCUUCAUAAUGCGAAUUUAUAUGGUGUGCAGGGCAGCGCAAGACGAGUCUAUCGUAAUCUAUGAAAGCAUCUUAAUAAUAUUCAGCGGUACAACUUCAGAUACAAUUGCAGACGAAGAGUGUCGCCAAGCAAUUUUCACAGUGUGGGCCUCCAUCAACCAGUCCCUGAGUGAUGGUGGCGAGUUACUGCUGAGAGCUCGUGAGAUUCUGUUGGGAUCUAAUCUUGAGACUCUUGGGGAACUGGAAACGAAACUUUUUGCUGUUGGCGGAGAACUUGAAAUCCUUUUCAACAACACCUGGACAUUGGCCAAACAUAUUGAAAUGUUAGCAGUGAGUGGGAGUGACACAGCUCCUUGUCCUGUCCAAGACAUGGAAAAGCUGCUACUUAACCUGCAAACUAAGAAUGAAGAAUUACGUGCUAUUGUCAUUGAGCUUGAGGCGCAGCUUUCAGCAGGUUCAUCAGAUGAAUCGGGUGUACUUGUCGUCUUCAUAAUGCGAAUUUAUAUGGUGUGCAGGGCAGCGCAAGACGAGUCUAUCGUAAUCUAUGAGAGCAUCUUAAUAAUAUUCAGCGGUAUAACUUCAGAGCCAUACACCUUACCUGGAGAAACAAUUGCAGAUGAAGGGUGUCGCCAAGCAAUCUUCACAGUGUGGGCUUCCAUCAACCAGUCCCUGAGUGAUGGUGGCGAGUUACUGCUGAGAGCUCGUGAGAUUCUGUUGGGAUCUAAUCUUGAGACUCUUGGGGAACUGGAAACGAAACUUUUUGCUGUUGGCGGAGAACUUGAAAUCCUUUUCAACAACACCUGGACAUUGGCCAAACAUAUUGAAAUGUUAGCAGUGAGUGGGAGUGACACAGCUCCUUGUCCUGUCCAAGACAUGGAAAAGCUGCUACUUAACCUGCAAACUAAGAAUGAAGAAUUACGUGCUAUUGUCAUUGAGCUUGAGGCGCAGCUUUCAGCAGGUUCAUCAGAUGAAUCGGGUGUACUUGUCGUCUUCAUAAUGCGAAUUUAUAUGGUGUGCAGGGCAGCGCAAGACGAGUCUAUCGUAAUCUAUGAGAGCAUCUUAAUAAUAUUCAGCGGUAUAACUUCAGAGCCAUACACCUUACCUGGAGAAACAAUUGCAGAUGAAGGGUGUCGCCAAGCAAUCUUCACAGUGUGGGCUUCCAUCAACCAGUCCCUGAGUGAUGGUGGCGAGUUACUGCUGAGAGCUCGUGAGAUUCUGUUGGGAUCUAAUCUUGAGACUCUUGGGGAACUGGAAACGAAACUUUUUGCUGUUGGCGGAGAACUUGAAAUCCUUUUCAACAACACCUGGACAUUGGCCAAACAUAUUGAAAUGUUAGCAGUGAGUGGGAGUGACACAGCUCCUUGUCCUGUCCAAGACAUGGAAAAGCUGCUACUUAACCUGCAAACUAAGAAUGAAGAAUUACGUGCUAUUGUCAUUGAGCUUGAGGCGCAGCUUUCAGCAGGUUCAUCAGAUGAAUCGGGUGUACUUGUCGUCUUCAUAAUGCGAAUUUAUAUGGUGUGCAGGGCAGCGCAAGACGAGUCUAUCGUAAUCUAUGAAAGCAUCUUAAUAAUAUUCAGCGGUACAACUUCAGAGCCAUACACCUUACCUGGAGAUACAAUUGCAGAUGAAGGGUGUCGCCAAGCAAUCUUCACAGUGUGGGCUUCCAUCAACCAGUCCCUGAGUGAUGGUGGCGAGUUACUGCUGAGAGCUCGUGAGAUUCUAUUGGGAUCUAAUCUUGAGACUCUUGGGGAACUGGAAACGAAACUUUUUGCUGUUGGCGGAGAACUUGAAAUCCUUUUCAACAACACCUGGACAUUGGCCAUACAUAUUGAAAUGUUAGUAGUGAGUGGGAGUGACACAGCUCCUUGUCCUGUCCAAGACAUGGAAAAGCUGCUACUUAACCUGCAAACUAAGAAUGAAGAAUUACGUGCUAUUGUCAUUGAGCUUGAGGCGCAGCUUUCAGCAGGUUCAUCAGAUGAAUCGGGUGUACUUGUCGUCUUCAUAAUGCGAAUUUAUAUGGUGUGCAGGGCAGCGCAAGACGAGUCUAUCGUAAUCUAUGAAAGCAUCUUAAUAAUAUUCAGCGGUACAACUUCAGAGCCAUACACCUUACCUGGAGAUACAAUUGCAGAUGAAGGGUGUCGCCAAGCAAUCUUCACAGUGUGGGCUUCCAUCAACCAGUCCCUGAGUGAUGGUGGCGAGUUACUGCUGAGAGCUCGUGAGAUUCUGUUGGGAUCUAAUCUUGAGACUCUUGGGGAACUGGAAACGAAACUUUUUGCUGUUGGCGGAGAACUUGAAAUCCUUUUCAACAACACCUGGACAUUGGCCAAACAUAUUGAAAUGUUAGUAGUGAGUGGGAGUGACACAGUUCCUUGUCCUGUCCAAGACAUGGAAAAGCUGCUACUUAACCUGCAAACUAAGAAUGAAGAAUUACGUGCUAUUGUCAUUGAGCUUGAGGCGCAGCUUUCAGCAGGUUCAUCAGAUGAAUCGGGUGUACUUGUCGUCUUCAUAAUGCGAAUUUAUAUGGUGUGCAGGGCAGCGCAAGACGAGUCUAUCGUAAUCUAUGAAAGCAUCUUAAUAAUAUUCAGCGGUACAACUUCAGAUACAAUUGCAGAUGAAGAGUGUCGCCAAGCAAUCUUCACAGUGUGGGCCUCCAUCAACCAGUCCCUGAGUGAUGGUGGCGAGUUACUGCUGAGAGCUCGUGAGAUUCUGUUGGGAUCUAAUCUUGAGACUCUUGGGGAACUGGAAACGAAACUUUUUGCUGUUGGCGGAGAACUUGAAAUCCUUUUCAACAACACCUGGACAUUGGCCAAACAUAUUGAAAUGUUAGCAGUGAGUGGGAGUGACACAGCUCCUUGUCCUGUCCAAGACAUGGAAAAGCUGCUACUUAACCUGCAAACUAAGAAUGAAGAAUUACGUGCUAUUGUCAUUGAGCUUGAGGUGCAGCUUUCAGCAGGUUCAUCAGAUGAAUCGGGUGUACUUGUCGUCUUCAUAAUGCGAAUUUAUAUGGUGUGCAGGGCAGCGCAAGACGAGUCUAUCGUAAUCUAUGAAAGCAUCUUAAUAAUAUUCAGCGGUACAACUUCAGAGCCAUACACCUUACCUGGAGAUACAAUUGCAGAUGAAGGGUGUCGCCAAGCAAUCUUCACAGUGUGGGCUUCCAUCAACCAGUCCCUGAGUGAUGGUGGCGAGUUACUGCUGAGAGCUCGUGAGAUUCUGUUGGGAUCUAAUCUUGAGACUCUUGGGGAACUGGAAACGAAACUUUUUGCUGUUGGCGGAGAACUUGAAAUCCUUUUCAACAACACCUGGACAUUGGCCAAACAUAUUGAAAUGUUAGCAGUGAGUGGGAGUGACACAGCUCCUUGUCCUGUCCAAGACAUGGAAAAGCUGCUACUUAACCUGCAAACUAAGAAUGAAGAAUUACGUGCUAUUGUCAUUGAGCUUGAGGCGCAGCUUUCAGCAGGUUCAUCAGAUGAAUCGGGUAUACUUGUCGUCUUCAUAAUACGAGUUUAUAUGAUUUGUAAGGCUGCACAAGAGGAGUCUAUCGUAAUUUAUGAAAGCGUCUUGAGAAUAUUCAGCGGUACAAUUACAGUGGAGACAUACACCUUAUAUGGAGAGACAAGUAUGUAUCAUUUCUUGUUUAAAUUGUAGGUUUAAAGUCUACAUACAAA